GUCCUUGUCUCAAUCCGACAAGAUAUUAAGAAUGAGGCUGUCACACAAAAUAGUUCACCGAAGCCUCUACGGGUGCGGGCGAGGCCUAGUUCAAAUACUUCAGAACAGUCAUGGCCCAGCCAACCUCUCCUUCACAUUUGAAGGAUUCAACAUUUCAAUGUAGCCAAUUGCUAUCAAUCUGCAUAUAACCUGCGUUUCAUCGGAAAUCAGAACUCUGAAUUGAUCAAAUCAAUGAUGGGAAAUCCGGCGCAACAGCAAUCACCAACCAUGGCUGUACCUUCGGAAAGUUUGUAUCAAGACCGGAGCAAUAUAAGUCUUGGUGGUCUCAGUGUUGAUGAUUUGAUAUACUUGGACGAACAGGAGGCUAUUGGUAACUCUUCGAAAGAAUUCACAAAAUCUCCAGAGGACAAAGAUUUGUUGAGUCGUUUCCAAGUCGCUUGUAUCAUAAUAAAUCGCAUGAUGGGAACGGGGAUCUUUGAGUCGCCAACCACUAUUAUACAACAAGAUAGGAAUAUCGGGGCGAGUCUCAUUCUCUGGACCUUGGGCUUCGUAGCUAGCAUGGCUGGCACGUUAAUGUACGUCGAGUAUGGCCUUACGAUUCCACGGCGGAGGAUGGCUGGCGAAAUCCAAGCUGUUCCAAGAAGUGGUGGUGAACUCAACUACAUCAAAUUUCUCGCGAAACAUCCUAAAUACAUGGCGAUUUGUAUGUUUGGCUUCGUAUUUGUGGUCGUCGGAAAUUCUGCAGCCAAUUGCGUUUCGUUUGCAGUUCAUUGUCUCGCAGCAGCAGGAAUAAGUGAUCCACCAAAGGGGGCAGUACAAGGAAUCGCUCUUGGUACUGCCUGGCUCGUUACCUUGUUGCAUGCAUUAGGCAGGAUGUUCGGUGUUCACUUGAACAGUGUUUUCGCUGUGACCAAGGUCUCUAUGCUUAUUAUGAUAAUUAUACUUGGCUUCAUGGUACUCAACAAUCAUACCGGACACUUCCAUCGCGACCCGCUUUCGUACACUAACCUCGACACAAGUACCAGUUUCAAAGAACUAGGGAAAGGAGACCAUGCUCGUGGAUUUGCAGCCGCAUACCUCAAUAUUAUAUUCACAUGCGGUGGGUGGAACCAGGCAAACUAUGUCCUCGGUGAAAUUAAGAAGCCAACCACUCGGUUUCGAGGCAUAUCUCUAUGGACUGUUGGAAUAAUGUGUUUACUGUACUUAUUAACUAACAUAUCAUAUGUUAUGAUAGUAGUAGUAGUCUCACAAGAUGGAGAUUUCCCAGAAGAUGAAUCAGUAGUCGAACAAUUCUUCAAGCGAACUAUUGGUCAGGCUUGGAACGAAAGGCGAGCAAGUCAACUGAUGGAUGCAUGCCUGGCUGUCUCAAGCUUGGGCAACGUCAUUGUCACUACUUUUACCGCUGCUCGUGUCAAGCAGGAGAUUGCGAAAGAAGGGAUACUUCCAUUCUCUUUGGUCUUUGCCAAGAACGUCAACAUUAUUAAAUGGGCAACCAAGAAAUUGAAGCGAUCGAAACAAGUUGGAGAGACGGUUGAGCAUCCUCCACAGGGAGGUGCCACAGCCACGCCAGAGCGAGCCGAAAUCGAGCCAAUUCCAUUUCCAGCUCUCGUACUUCAUUGCGCAUUCUCCACGAUUUUGAUUCUUGCCUCGAUUCGAAUCCCUCGGUCCAGGGACGCUUACCCGUUGCUUGUUGAAAUUUACACAUACCCAAUUGAUGCACUGGUCGCGAUAUGUCUCAGUUUUGGCAUGAUAUGGAUGCGAUCAAGAGAGACAGAUGAAUGGAACACAUACUCCACAACAAACAGAUGGUUCAGUCUCAUAACUGCAAUUAUUGUUUUCGUCGCCAAUGCAUUUCCGAUGGCUGCGUUAUGGAUUCCAGAAUCUUCUCCUGGAAGUUCCAUACCUUGGUACAUUGUUCCCACAAUCGGAUGGACACUUGUUCUAACUGGUUUCAUUUAUUAUAUGGUCUUUCGUUUCGCAGUUCCUUUGUUCUUGGGUGGCGCCGUGUUGGAAGUAAAGAGAGAUCCUGUUAUUGGUAUUGAUAAUGAAGGACAUUUUGUACAACAUGGUGAGAUGGUCUAUCAGAAAUGGUCAGUGCCUGAAGAUGAAGACAUACCUUAUCCCACUGGACACAGUAAUGAGGUUGAACUUAAGCAACUUCAUUGAUAUGAGCGGAGAGUGUAACAUUGAUAGGAGAGUGUUCUAGAAGGAUCCUAUAAUCAUCUUCAAUGGGGUAUACCAUUCAAUACCCUUUGUUUCUUCCUCCGGUUUAUAUAAAUGUAUCAGACUUUUCACUCGAAAUCUAAUCUUUGUCGGAUUCAAUCAGAACUGUUUCCUAGAGUCCUUCCCCGUUUUCUUUCAAUGUCCUUCCCGCCAUCUCUUUUUAAUGAAGCUAUUUUAAUACAUGGUACGAAGUCUUUGAAGAAAUAAUGAAACUGUAUAGUCUUGAAACCA